AGAAAGAGGAGGUGCCGCCCCCUUCCCGCCUCCAAAGCUAACGGGCUGGAGAGAAAGAGGCAGAAACUUACACUCCUACCCUAGCCCCACUAAAGGCUGCCAUGGGGCCCAGUGCGCCUCUGCUCCUCUUUCUCUUUUUGUCGUGGACUGGACCCCUUCAGGGACAGCAGCACCACCUUGUGGAGUACAUGGAACGGCGACUAGCUGCCUUAGAGGAGCGGCUGGCCCAGUGCCAGGACCAGAGUAGCCGGCAUGCUGCUGAGCUGCGGGACUUCAAGAACAAGAUGCUGCCUCUGCUGGAGGUGGCGGAGAAGGAGCGGGAGGCGCUCAGAGCCGAGGCAGACGUCAUCGCGGGGAGAGUGGACCGUCUGGAGCGGGAAGUGGACUAUCUGGAGACCCAGAACCCAGCUUUGCCCUGUGUAGAGCUGGAUGAGAAGGCCACUGGAGGCUCGGGGGGCAAAGGCAAGGGCCGAAGAAAUGAGAAGUACGAUAUGGUGACGGACUGCAGCUACACCAUCGCUCAGGUGAGGUCAAUGAAGAUCCUGAAGCGGUUUGGGAGCCCGGCUGGUCUGUGGACCAAGGAUCCGCUGGGGCCGGCGGAGAAGAUCUACGUGUUGGACGGCACACAGAACGACACGGCCUUCGUCUUCCCGAGGCUGCGUGACUUCACCCUCGCCAUGGCGGCCCGGAAAGCUUCCCGCAUUCGGGUGCCCUUCCCCUGGGUGGGCACGGGACAGCUGGUGUACGGUGGCUUCCUCUACUACGCUCGCAGGCCUCCCGGAGGACCCGGAGGGGGUGGUGAACUGGAGCACACUUUGCAGCUGAUCAAAUUCCACCUGGCAAACCGAACGGUGGUGGACAGCUCGGUGUUCCCCGCCGAGCGGCUGAUUCCCCCCUACGGGCUGACGGCAGACACGUACAUCGACCUGGCAGCGGACGAGGAGGGCCUUUGGGCUGUCUAUGCCACUCGGGAAGACGACAGGCAUUUGUGUCUAGCCAAGUUAGACCCGCAGACCCUCGACACAGAGCAGCAGUGGGACACGCCGUGUCCCAGGGAGAACGCAGAGGCCGCCUUUGUCAUCUGUGGGACCCUGUAUGUUGUCUAUAACACUCGCCCUGCCAGUCGGGCCCGUAUUCAGUGUUCCUUUGACGCCAGCGGCACUCUCGCCCCUGAACGGGCAGCGCUCUCUUACUUUCCACGCCGAUAUGGCGCCCAUGCUAGCCUUCGCUAUAACCCCCGUGAGCGCCAGCUGUAUGCCUGGGAUGAUGGCUACCAGAUUGUCUACAAACUGGAGAUGAGGAGGAAAGAGGAGGAAGUUUAAUUAAGCAGCUAGCCUUGUGCUUUUGAUUCUCUUAUCCCCAGACAUUUAUAUUCCUAUCAGAUCUCCUGCUGUCCAUUCUUCAGAGUGAAGGCCAGCUGUGGCUCAUAGACACUAAUUUCUAAACGACAACCAAAUUCUCAUAAACUCUCUGGUUUAUGCAGAACUCCAGAUCUUUAGAACGAAGCAGCAAACACCUAAAUCUUCACUCCUGCUCUUUCCUGCCCUGUGUCCACAAAUUUUAGUUCCAAACUCAGAGCCCUGACCUUUGGAUAGGGUCAACCCCAGGCGGCAGGUGACAGUAUUCUUGCCCUCAGUAUGACCCAAGGGAGAGAAGAACUCAAAGAGACAACUCCGGCCUCCCUCCUUCACCCCUCCAAUGUGGGGGAGAAUGGGGCUUUCCUCACAUCACUUUGUAUGGCAACAUUUUGCAUUAAAAGGAAAACCCACCACCA